GCUAACAGCCAAAGAAACUGGACCUCCAACUACACCUCUAGAACAAGGAAACUAAACAGGCUUACCCUGUGAUUCAGUUUGGAAUUGUCAGAAGUUUAUUCUUAGUGCAGGAAAACUACCAGGUUCUAAACAUGGUAGUGCAGGAAUCAUCAUCUUCAUCAUCAUCAUCAUCAGGAAGCUCAUAUAAAUCUGAAACAAACUCAGAACCUGAGCCUGAAGCUGCAGCCUCUAAAUUGGAACUCAUUAUCAGUCCUCUCACUGAAAUCCCCCCCUCAGUGAAGAACAUACUGGAGAAAAUUGAUGCUGCCCAGCUCGACAGAGCCAGGAAGGAGGUUUUUAAGCAACUGUUUGUAAUUCUGGACAAUGUGAACCGGGUGUGUGACCGCUUCAAAGGGGAUGAACGGAUGGACCCAGAGAUAGAAGAACAGUUCUUCCUCUCCGGCACUUGGGCUGAGAGGAAACGGCGGGCACUUCUACUGGACAAAGUAGUCAUCUUGCUCAAAACCAGCACAGCUCAAGGGAAAGAUUUAAAGUUUGUUCUGGAAUCAUUAAAAGAAUGGGGUGAAAUGUUGUCAGAAGGCAAAGAACAAGUAGGAGACACCCCCACUGUCCAGUGGGUCAGUGAUAUGGAGACCAAGCUGCUGACCUCCCUUGAUUAUACAGAAGGAUGUAUAAUGCAGCUAAUCAAUCUCUGCACGCCUCUUGUGGAACACAGAAGGAAAAAGAGGGGGAAAUCAAUUGUUCCCAAAACCGGCAUGUGGAGAGCAUGGCGAGAGAAAGUUGCACAGAAAUCUCAGGAAGGCCAGCCCUUGAGCCCUGAACAAAUGCUAGAAGAUGAAUCUGUAACUUUCUCCAGGACUUCUGAGCUCCUUACCAUGUUACAGGAAUUUGUAGGUUCCACACUGUUCAACAAAGCAGAAGUUGUUGUUGUUAAAUAUAUAGUGACAAUGGUGGCCAAUCUCAACAAAGCCUUCACUCUGCUAACCAAACAGUCCCGUGGCCUGCAAGCAAAGUAUGAUACCUUAGUAUCCCAGGAGUCCAGGAAGCAGGAAGUUCAGUGUGUGAACCUUCAAAAGGAAGUACAGGUGCUCAAUGAGAAAAAGGCAUCUUUGGAGGCUCGAGUCCAAAGCAUUGAACACAAAUACAAGAUGCUUUUCAUAGAAAAUGAGGCAAUACAAAAAGAACUGCACAAGGUGAAGGAAGAAGCAGCAGUAAAGAUAGAACCGUCUUUAAGAGACAUGAAAUCUGGGGCCAGAGCUUCUUAUGAAAGGAAAUCCCAGGAAGAUGAUAAACAUGUGAGUAGGGAAAAGGUUGCAAAUCUGUCAGUUGAAAAGCUGUCAUGGAAAUCCCAGGCAGACCUUGCUAAAUCCCCCAGUGGGAAAAGGGAGGCAAAGGUACCAGAUAAAAAGCAGCUUCAGCGACCAUUGGUAGAGAAAACAGAAGACACCAGUGACAAACAGGAUGCAAAGCUUCUAGAUAAAAAGCCAGCACCGAAAGCCUCAAUAGAGAGAGGUGAAGGCACCAGUGACAAACGGGAUACAAAGUUUCUAGAUAAAAAGCCAGCACCGAAAGCCUCAACAGAGAGAGGUGAAGGCACCAGUGACAAACGGGAUACAAAGCUUCUAGAUAAAAAGCCAGCACUGAAAGCCUCAACAGAGAGAGGUGAAGGCACCAGUGACAAACGGGAUACAAAGCUUCUACAUAAAAAGCCAGCACUGAAAGCCUCAAUAGAGAGAGGUGAAGGCACCAAUGACAAACAGAAAGCCCCAGUAGAGAGAACUCAAGACACUGUUGUCAAAUGGGAUGCAGUCAUCCCAGUGGAAAAACAAGAAGAGACUUCAGGAGACCUGGCUGGAAGACGGCAGGAACAACCUCUGGACAGUGAGCAAACAGAGGCUGCUGACAAAUGGGAUGUGAACCUCCUGGGUGGAACCCAGGAAGUUGUUGAAGAUGUCACUGGUGAGUGGCAUGAGAUCCUGCCAGAUGAACAUGAGCUCAAGGCUGACAGUGAAGAAGAAAUUGAAAGGCUCCCAUCCCCAACAGAGCUCCCAUACCAAGGGGUCUGUAGGAAAGGAAAGCAGAGGAGGAAGAAGGAAAGCCUGUACACUGAGGAGACACAUACAAUAAUGCCUCAGAGCCCUAUCAGCAGAAGCAUGCUGGACUCAUCCACUGCACUGUAUGGGUUUAAUUCAGCUAUCCUGGGUUAUCUGGAGCAGAAGAUGGAGAAGCUAUGGAAAUGUCCCUCUCCUGGGAAGAGACAAGCAGAGAGGAUGCUGCCCAAGGACCCAGAAGCCCAAAGGCUCUACAUGGCCUUGGAGAGGAAACUGGAAGAAUGCUUCUCCAAAAUGAAGAUAAGAUAUUCCAGCAGCUUAGAGGAACAGAAGCUUCCAAGGAGCCUGGAGCUGACUGAAGAGCAUGAUGAAGAGGCAAAGCCACCCUUGGAGGUUCUUCCUGGGAUCGUCAUUCCAGGGAAGGAAGUCCCUGGUUCCUCCAUACAGUUGAGUGACCCUGACAGUCCCUUUUUGGAGUCCAAAGUUCCUGUGAUCUCACGAUGGGGACUCCCUGCAGCCCUGUUGAAGGAACCUAAUAUCUCAGCACAUUUUCAAUUUCCCAAGCAAUGGCAGCAGCAAUGGCAGCAACAGCAGCAGGAGCAAUGGCAGGAGGAGGAACAGGAAUGGUUUAAGAAGGUACAGAAGCAGCAGCAGUAUCAGAUGCAAUGGCAGUCACCACAACCUGAGGAGCAGCUCCAGCAGCAGCUGCAAGGGGUAAAGGAGAAGGUAGAGGUGGAGCAGCUGCAGCAGGAAGAGCAUCAGUUUGAGGAGCUGCAGCCACAGCAGGAGCCACUGCAGGAAGGGCAGAAAGAGUGGCAGGAAGAGAAACACAAGCAGUGGAAGAAGCAGCUGGAGGAACAAGCAGAGGAGCAGAGUCUGAGGCAGCAGCAGCUGGAGCAGCAGCAGAGGCUAUAUCAGCAGUGGCAGGAAGAGCAGCAGAAAAAGCAUGAGGAGCAGCAGAGGCUGUGGCGGCAGCAGGAGGAGGAGCAGGAGGAGGUGCAGAGACUGUGGCAGCAGCAGCAGGAAGCGCGUCAGAGGCUGUGGCAUCAGCAUGAGGAGGAGCAGCAGGCGGAGCAGCUGAAACUGUGGCAGCAGGAGGAGCAAGAGCAUGAGCAGCAGGCAAGGUACUGGCAGCAGCAGGUGGAGGAGCAUGAGGAGCAGCUGCAUCUGUGGCAGCAGGAGCAGGAAGAACAUGACCUUCACCUGAGGCAGUGGCAGCAGCAGGAGGUGAAGCAGCAGGAGCAGGAGAAGCACUGGCAGCAGCAGGUGGAGGAGCAUGAGAAGCAGCGGCAGCUGUGGCAGCAGGAGCAGGAGGAACAUGACCUUCGGCUGAGGCAGUGGCAGCAGCAGGAGGUGAAGCAGCAGGAGCAGGAGAGGCUAUGGCAGCAGCAGUGGCAGGAGCAGCUACAGCAGUUGCAUGAACAGCAAGAGCUGCUGCAAAAACAGAUACAGGAGGAGCAGUACCUGAUCCCAAGGCCUAAACCAGUUCCCAGGAGCAGAGAACCUGGGACCCUGGAACACCUAACAAAACAGAUCCCACUAAGGCCAAGGAGAGAGAUUGCAAAGGAAGAGGUCCUACUGUAUGAAUAUUUCAAGCCUUGUACCCAGCAAAUGGUUCCCACUCAGAGCAAAGUAUCCCUGCACUCUCAAGCUCAGUCUACUGAGGAGACUAGCUGGCUCCCGACGCUGGCUCAGAAGACCAAAGGGAAGAGCUUGGUGCCCUCCAGCAUGUCAGAGAAGCGGUACUGGGUGGAUGUGGAGGCUCAGAGGGACAACUUGAUGCUGCUGGGCCAGGCGACCCAGAAGUGCAGACUACCCCCACACCUGCACAUGCAGGCGAAGGAAAUUAUCACUGAGACCCUGCACACUGAUGUUGAGAGGCUGGCUCUCCUCUUCCACAAAUACAUCUCCUUCUGCCACCUCCAGCAUGUCAGACAAACCUUAAUGUCCAGAUUGGAAGCUGCCAGAGCUGUAAAUGAUGGUGCUGAGGUCCGGAACUUGUAUACAUAUGUGGAGAGGGUGGAUGCUUACCGGAAAAAGGUGCUACAGUGCUGGGUGGCCAAACAAAAAACAGCAGAGCAGGCACGUCGACACUGCCUUGGCAAGAUGAUUUCCUUGUUUGCCCAGCUCCGCCUGAGCACUGAACUCCACCUCAACAGCCCAUCCCCACUCAUGAUCAAAGCAGUGGAUGAAAUGAAGGAGUUCCCGUCCUCAGCCCAUGCCACAUCCAAAUCCCCUGGCUAUCCAAGCCCCCUGGCAUGUGUGAAGAAAGUCAGAGACUUUAUGCAUCCAGCUGGAGUCAGUGAGCAGGUUUGUGACCAGAUAGAGUCAGUAUGGAGGACCGAUGUCAUCUCUCACAGUUUUCCUAUUGUUCCAAAACCCCCUGUGUCACUGCUCUGGUCCCAGGCUGGUUUCCCAGAUAUCCCUAGAUUUCUGGAACUGGACGUGAGCUCACUUAGGAGCAAACCCCUUAAGUCUCUACAGACACGGAGAAUCAUGGACUACUACACUCAAGGGAGGGGGUAAAAUGGGAUCCAGUGGGAGCCACCCCUCCUCCCAGCAUCCCACUGGAUCCAGAACUGUGCAGGGGAGCCUCCCCCCUCUUCUUGGGACACUGGGACCCAGAUGGUACCACCCCACCCUCCAUGUGGGCCUUGGAGAAGACAGCAGAGAGGAGCCAGCCAGAGACUCCAACCAUUAGGGAGAGAAGCAGCCAAAGCAGGGGGAUCUUUGGUCCUGGGGACAUGUGGAGAAGUUUCUACAGUUUGGACUGGACUUUCUAUGUCCUGUGCUUCAACUCCCCUACACCUUCAGUCUCUUCGCUUCAGCUUUACUCUAGACCUGAUCCUAUUACCCUUCUCUCCCCUGCCCCCCUCACCUCUUCCCUUUUCUUCCCGUUUAGCUGAUCCCCUCCUCAAUAAACUCCCCCGCCCCAAAACAGUGAUGGAAUUUAUAUGCCAUUUGCUGACAUCGCAUUGUUCAUUCUGCAGGGGUGUUCUACCCCUUCCCUGAUUCUGUGUCUGUCUUGUCUAUUUGGACUGUAAACUCUUCAGGGCAGCAACCACCUGUUACUGUGUGUUCAUAGAGCACCUAGCACAAGGGGCCCCACUCUUGGUUGGCCCUUAAACAUUACCAUAAUAUACAUUAUUAAUUAUUAUUAUUAUUAUUAAUAAUAAUAUAAGAUGGAUGCACAGAUAGAUGCAAUCCCCAUGGAAAUUUUUUUCUUAAAUUGGAGUUGUUUGUUGAAGUAAUUAAUAUAAUAUUAUUAUUAAUGUAACCUUUAAUUAAAAUACAUAAUUACAGAAUUACCAUUGAAGAAUGUAUACAUUAGAAAGACAGGAAAUGACCAACUAAGGUAACUUACAUAAGCAUACUAUUUCCUUUACAUUUCGUACAUUUAAUUAAUAAGAUUGACUUGAGCAAGUUUACCUUACAGACAGGGCCGGCUCCAGGCAGCAGCUUAUCAAGCAGGUGCUUGGGGCGGCCGCUCCGGAGUGGGGCGGCACUUUCAAGUAUUCUGUGGCAAUUCAGCGGAGGGUCCCUCACUCCCACUCGGAGUGAAGGACCUCCUGCUGAAUUGCCGCAGAUCGCGAUCGCAGCUUUUCUUUCUUUUUUUUGGCUGCUUGGGGCGGCAAAACCCCUGGAGCCGGCCCUGCUUACAGAUUCCAAUAACAGCUGAAACCUUCCUCCAUCAAGACAUUCUUACAAAUGCUUUCAACAUAUAGAUCACCUGUCUAUGUGUGUGUGUAAUUGGUGAUGUGUCUAUCUUCUGUGUCAGAGUUCAGGUUGUUAUUGGACUAUGUAAGGUGCACAUAUCAAUACUGAUAUUACUGUAAUUAAACUGUAAACUAGCUAGUAA